AAUGCAAUCUCCCCUCUCUCGCUCUCUCUGUCUCCUCCUUUGUAUCCAUAUACCAAAGGAGAAGAACAAAAGAGAAGAGUUAAAUUUUUGAACCAAAAAAUAAAUAAAUAUGGUGAAGUUUUCAAAGGAGUUAGAAGCACAACUAAUACCAGAAUGGAAGGAUUAUUUUGUAAAUUAUUGGCAACUCAAAAAACACAUUAAGAAAAUAAGACUCUCCAUCAAACCUAAACAAGUUGCUCAAGUUUACACUUCCGGCCAUUAUUGCUCCAAGCUUAUUCACUCGGUUUUCGACCCCGUUCGUUCCUUCGCCUCCGUAAUGUCUCAUAAACUCCAUGGUGGUAGCUCUUCAACAAGUGAUAAUGAGGAGAUGAGAAGCAAAUCUACGGAUGAAGAAGACGAUCAAGAAGACCAAUUACGCGAAGACAAUCAAACCGAACUUUCUCAACUCUUCUCCGAAGAAGACGAGGUGAAGAUGUUUUUUGAUGUGUUGGAUGAGGAGCUUGAAAAGGUGAAUCGUUUUUACACUGCUAGGGAAACUGAGUUCUUAGAGAGAGGAGAGGCUCUUCUUAAGCAACUACAAAUCUUACAAGACCUUAAGCAAGUCUUAGAUCAACGUCGCCGUAAGAAUUUCUUGUCACCUAAGUCAUCUUUCCACGGCGGUUUCCUUUCCCGCUCUAACUCUACAUCUACUCGAUACUCCGAUAAUUCUGAAAAUAAGUCUGAAACCAAUGAAGAUACAGAUGCCUCAUCACAGACAGAUGAGGUAGUAGCAGCUCUUGAGAAAAAUGGGCUGAAUUUUAUUGGGGCGGCGACCCGGUCUAAGACCAAGAAAGGGAAGCCAAAGAUGGCCCUGAGAAUUGACAUUCCGGCCACCACCCCGGCCCGGACAAUUUCCGCUGUCACAUCGACAUUAUGGGAGGAUCUAGCCAAUACUCCUAGCAAGGACUGUCCAAGGGAAAUGAUUAACAGAAAGAAAAUUCAAUGUGCUGAGAAAAUGAUCAGAGGGGCAUUUGUUGAGCUUUACAGGGGUCUUGGCCUUAUAAAAACUUACUGCACGCUGAAUUUGGUAGCAUUCACUAAGAUCCUCAAGAAGUUCGAUAAGGUAGCCAAUCGACAAGCAUCUGCUAGUUAUUUGAAGACAGUGAAGGGUUCCCAUUUCAUCAGUUCUGACAAGGUGGUUAGAUUAAUGGAUGAAGUGGAGUCCUUAUUCAUCAAGCACUUCGCUGACAAUGACAGGAAAAAGGCUAUGAAGUUCUUGCGUCCUCAGCAACAGAAAGACUCUCACAUGGUUACUUUUUUUGUGGGAUUGUUUACAGGCUGCUUUGUGACCCUUUUUACUGUGUAUGCUAUUUUGGCUCAUAUCUCUGGUAUGUUUUCGGCUGGAAGCAAAGAUGAGUCUGGUUACAUGGAGACAGUCUAUCCUAUAUUUAGCACAUUUGCUUUGUUGAGCUUGCAUAUGUUCAUGUAUGGAUGCAACUUGCUUAUGUGGAAGGCCACAAGGAUCAACUAUACGUUCAUAUUCGAGUUUUCCCCGAAGACAGCCCUCAAGUAUAGGGAUGCCUUCCUUGUCUGUACUUCCUUGAUGACAGCUGUUGUCAGUGCCCUGGUCAUUCACCUCAUUUUAAGAUCUAGUGAUUUCUCUGCUCAACAAGUUGACGUCAUUCCUAGCAUCCUUCUCCUGAUCUUUCUUGUAAUCCUUGUCUGCCCAUUCAAUGUAUUUUAUCGUUCAACUCGAUAUUGCUUCCUCAAGGUGAUACGUAACAUAGUGUUCUCUCCAUUGUAUAAGGUUUUGAUGGUAGAUUUUUUCAUGGCUGAUCAGCUGACUAGCCAGAUUCCGCUGCUUAGGCACAUGGAAACCACGGGUUGCUAUUUACUUGCUGGCACUUUCAAGACACACCGCUAUGAUGUCUGCAAGAAAGGAACCAUGUACAGAGAGCUUGCAUAUGUCAUCUCCUUUGCACCAUAUUACUGGCGUGCAAUGCAGUGUGCCAGAAGAUGGUUUGAUGAAUCUGACCCAAAACAGUUAGCUAACUUGGGAAAGUAUGUUUCUGCCAUGGUCGCAGCUGGUGCUAGGCUAACAUAUGCCCAGCAACCGAGUCCUACAAUUUUCAGCACAACUCUAGUUGUGGUGACUUCUGUUGUGGCCACAAUAUACCAGCUAUAUUGGGAUUAUGUGCAAGACUGGGGAUUCUUCAGUCCCAAUUCCAAAAACCAGUGGCUAAGGGAUGAGCUUGUUCUGAAGAAGAAAUCUGUUUACUACAUUUCCAUUGUUCUCAAUUUGGUCCUAAGAGUUGCUUGGGUGGAAAGUGUCAUGAGGUUUAAAAAAGUUGGCAAUGUUGAAGCCAAAUUUUUAGACUUUUCUUUAGCUUCUCUUGAAGUAAUUCGUCGAGGGCAUUGGAACUUCUAUAGAGUGGAGCAUGAGCACCUAAACAAUGUGGGCAAGUACAGGGCAGUAAAGGCAGUUCCUCUGCCAUUCCAUGAAACUGAUACAGACGGCUAAACUGUUAGCUGAAGUUAUGUACAGAUAUCCCUUGUUCUUUGGUGGGUGGGAGAAAUGCAAAUUUUUAUUUAUAUCUUCCACAGAGCAUAAGAGAGCUGCAUUGAAGAAUCCGGUAAAGGUGAAAAUUCUCGCUCAUUAUGCAUCUGAAGAUAUAUAUUCAUACAACUUGCGAGUCCCACUUCUGUAUAGAAGGUGCACCAUUGAAUUCAAUCUCUAAUGGUUAAUAUCUUCAGUCAACCUGAAGAUUUUUGUUUCAGUAAUAUAUAUUGACAACCUAAAUGUAUGAUGAUUUUUUGUAACAAAGAGACCCGAUUUCUUGCAAUAAAAUUUUGACGCAUUUGGCUGAAUA